AUGGAGUCAUUCACAGAGAAAAUGUUUGAUAUUCAAAGAAGAGCUACACAAGCAGUACUUCAAAAAAUAGGUGCAACAGAGCAAACACACGACGAGCAUUUUGAUAACACAUAUACAAAUUUUAAAAGAUUAGGGGAGUUUUUAACACAUCUCGAAGAAUCAACUCAAAGUUCAAUAUCUCAAAUGGAGAAAAUGAGUUUCAAUAACAGCCAAUUAGCAUCAUCUGUAUGCAACUUUGUAUUAUCAGAAUUAUCAAACGAUGACAGCGAAUUUUCAACAGGUUUAUUAUCAAAAUUCUUUUUAAAGACAUCCAACAACCCAAAUUUAUCACCUAGCGAAAAUAAUAAAGAGUCUUUACAUAGACAGUCAAACUUUCAAGAGUCAGUUCAAAGAUUAUACGAUAGUUUUGGAACCAUGGGCCACGAAAAUAUGGCAGCACUUCAAGAUGAUAUAAAUCAUAAGGUUGUACGUCCAAUAAAAAGAGAUGAGGAAUUAAACAAGGUUACAAAACAGUUAUUAGAAAAAAGAAAAAAAUUAAAUUUUGAUUUCGAUGCAUUAAAAAGAUCAACAGAUAUGGAAAAAGUUAAAAAUACAAAAGAAGAAUUCGAUUCAUUAUCAAAAAAGACAGUUUCACAUUUACAAAAUAGAUCAUUUGUUAGAUGUAAAUUAAUAGUUCACAGUGUUAUUACAAUGAUUCAACAAUUUUGUAUAUUUUUCGAAUCCAACUCUUUACUUUUAGAAGGAUUGAUUACAUUUAUUGAACCUCUUCUUUCCCAAUACCAAUUAAAGGACGACCAAUUAGCAGAUAUUUAUAAUGUUAAGAAAACAGCACCAAAUACUCCAGCUCAAUCACAAACUCCAUCUUCACAAUCACCAACUCAACAAAGAAAUAAUAUGAAUAAUAGUAAUAGUAGUAUGAAUAAUAAUAAUAAUAAUAAUAAUAAUAAUAAUAUAAAUGGUAGUAAACCAUUACCUAAUACUCCACCCCCAACCUAUAAGGAACACGUAGAUUCUCAUCCAAAUAGUUUAAAUAAUUCUAGCGGCGAACCAAAAUCAAGAAUGAAUGGUAGUACUGGUGUUAAUAAUAUAAAUGAUGAUUUUAGUAAAGUAUCAUUCAAUGAUAGACCUUCUCCACAUUCAGAAUCCUCAUCUUCUGGUUUUUCCAAUAACUCUUCACCAUCAAACUCUCAACAAAAACCAAAAGAAGAGAAAUUAUUUAGCGUAUGGGAGGAUGAAGCUAAUGGUGGAAACAAUAAUAGCGGUAGUAAGGGUAAUGACGAUGAUUGGAUGUACGAUAAACCAACACCAGCACCAACACCAAAACCAGAAAAAUCUUGGGAUGAUCCAAUUCUUGUUCCAGAACAAUCACCAUUUACCUCAUUUAAUACAAAUACAACCAAUACACCACAACAACCAAAUUAUUUUAAUCAACAACAGCAACAGCAACAACCAAAUAAACCACAAACACAACAACAACAAUUUAAUAUGAAUAAUAUGGCACAACAACAACAACAAGCACAACAACAGCAGCCACAACAAACCCAAACACCAAAAAAACCAAGUGGAUUCGAAAAUAUAUUUGGUGACUUUGAUUUUACACCAUCAUCACAAAGAAAAUCAACACCAACACCACCACCAACAAAUCAAACAUCAUCACCAUCACAACAACAACAAUAUGGUCAACCACAACCACCACCAAUGAACUAUUUUACAAGUCAGGCACCAUCACCACAUGUUGAUAGAGAUCAACACGAAAGAGCAAUGAUUGAACCAAUUAUUUCAGAAAAAAUUAAACAGUGGGCUGAAAAGAAUGGUAGAAAGAAUAACCUCAGAGUUUUAUUAGCAACACUACACGAAGUUUUAUGGGAAGGAAGUGGAUGGGAAAAAGCCAGUAAUGGCAGUUUGAUCACACCAGUUGGCGUUAAGAAGGUUUAUCGUAAAGCUAUUAUGGUUGUACAUCCUGAUAAAGUUCACACCGGUACAAACGAACAAAAAAUGAUCGCCCAAAGAAUUUUCGAAUAUUUAAGAGAAAGUUUCGAAGUAUUUAAAGUUGAUUUAGAACCAGGAAAUUAA